AUGGCUACCACCAUUGUCGACGUCAGAUUCGAGCACUACCAACCCAUUAACGCUUUGGGGGUAAAUGAAACAAAUCCGAGGAUCUCGUGGCGCUUCGAGAACGCCCCUCUCGACUUUGAUCAGGAAGAAUAUCAGCUAGAGCUGAAACAACUCACCAACCAUGGCUUUACCGAGUUGGGCUCUGUUCGGGUAGUUGCCUCGGACUCCCAGCUCGUGCCCUGGCCGUACGACAAGCCCCUUGAGUCUCGGAAACGAUACUCGGUAGUGGUGAGAGCUCGUGGAAAGGGUCUGUCGGACUUUACGCCAUGGAGUGAGCCAUCAAUACUGGAAGUUGGCCUCCUCUCGCGCGACGAUUGGAGCAGCCAGCUCAUUUCAGCGCCCUGGGCAGAGUCUAAGGAGGAGCCUCAGCCGGAAGACCUGUUCCGCAAGGAAUUCGAUGCAAAAAAGGACGUUUCAUCUGCAAGACUCUACAUCUCAGCUCACGGCGUAUACGAAGCCGAGAUCAACGGCCAAAAAGUGGGAGACCAUUUCCUCGCCCCAGGCUGGACCUCGUACGCCGGAAGGCUUCAGUACCAGACCUACGAUGUGACCAAACACAUUUCGCAACGCAAUUGCCUAGGCAUCCGAGUUGCCGAGGGCUGGUUUAACGGACGUUUCGGCUUCGAGGGCGGACGCCGCAACAUCUGGGGCGUCAGGAAUGCAGCCUUUGCUCAGCUGGAAAUGACCUACGGCGACGGCUCCUCUCAAAUUAUUUGCACCGACGAUUCCUGGCUUGUAACUCAAGGCCCGAUCCGGCUUGCAGAGCUGUACAAUGGAGAAAAGUACGACGCAACCAUGGAGGUCGAUGGCUGGUCGAGCCCUGGAACCAAUACUCAACAGUGGCGCAGCGUCAAUGUCGAACCCCUCUCGGAUAGUGUAGAGCUCACCUCUGGCUUUGCGGAACCUGUUCGACGUUUAGAGACCAUACGCCCCAUUGAGCAGAUGCAGUCUCCAUCAGGAAAGCUCAUCCUGGAUUUCGGACAAAACCUCGUGGGAUACGUCAGGCUCAAGCAGCUAUCGGGACCAAAAGGGCACCGUGUGAUACUGUCGCACGCCGAAGUGCUCGAAAAAGGCGAGCUCUGCACCCGUACCCUUCGCAUCUGCGACGCCCAGGAUGUUUACACUUGUAAGGGAGAUGAAGCGGGCGAGUCUUUUGAACCCCGGUUUACGUUUCAUGGCUUUCGGUAUUUGCAGGUGGACAACUGGCCGCAACCCGAGUCCAGUCUGCUCGAUUCCGUCGAAGCUGUCGUAUGCAACUCCGACAUGGAGUCAGCAGGGUCUUUUGAGUGUUCGAACCCAAUGCUGAACCAGCUCUUUCGUAACAUCCAGUGGGGGAUGAGGGGAAACUUCUUCCACGUCCCAACCGACUGCCCUCAGCGCGAUGAGCGUCUUGGGUACUCGGGAGACCUGGCUCUGUUUGCGCCUACUGCUGUGAUGCUGUACAAGUGUUUUCCGUUUCUCAAAAACUGGCUGGUGGAUGUGGCAUUCGAUCAACACGUUCUCGGCGGCACGCCUCCCGUUGUCUCCCCCAAUGCGUUGCUAGGUGACCCCGUAUGGGGAAAGGUGAUGCCCCUUGCGAUUUGGCAUGAUGUUGUCAUUCUUGCGCCAUGGGACUUGUGGCAAGAGACGGGUGACGUGGAUAUUCUCGAGCGUCAGUAUGCUUCUAUGGCGACUUGGAUACGCAAGAUUCCCAGGAAUGAGACUGGCCACAUUCACUUGUGGGACAUGUCGAGCUUCCAGCUCGCGGAUUGGCUAGACCCUAAUGCACCGCCUGAAAACCCUCAAAAGGCAUUGACAGAUCCCGUGUUGGUGGCCAACGCGUUCCUAGUCCGUUGUCUCGACAUCAUGGUCCAAGUGGCCCGGAUUCUCGGGCGUGCAACAGACCAACGGUAUUUCCAAGAGCAAUUAGAUGCCGCACGAUACGAAUUCUCCGAUGAAUACAUAUCCCCGAGUGGAAGAAUUGUAUCCGAUAGCCAGACUGCGUAUUCGUUGGCGAUCUGCUUCGAGCUGCUCACCCCAAGCCAAAGAGUCCACGCAGGAGCCCGCCUCGCCGAAAUAGUGUCCAAGAACUCGUUCAAUAUCGGCACAGGCUUCGCUGGAACACCUUUCGUGUGCGAGGCGCUCGCGCAAACCGGCCACAGCGACGUGGCCUACAAGAUGUUGCUGAACGAGGAGUGCCCUUCGUGGCUGUACCCAGUGACGAUGGGCGCGACAACCAUAUGGGAGCGGUGGGACAGCAUGCGACCCGACGGGUCGAUUAAUCCCGGUGAAAUGACUUCGUUCAAUCAUUAUGCCUUUGGCGCCGUGGCUGCCUUUAUGUUCGAGCGACUCGUAGGCUUGCGGUCUGCUGCCCCGGGGUGGAAGAGGUCCCAGAUGAGGCCCGAUAUUGCGGCAGGCUUUACCUGGGCCAAGGCAGAGCACGCGACCCCAUACGGCAAGGUGUUUGGGUCUUGGUCGUUGACUGAUGAACAAGGAGGCACUUCCAAACUGAAAGUCAAUGUUGUUGUUCCGCCAACAACUGAGAUGGAGAUCGUCCUACCUGGCUCUGAUGGCAAUAGUGUUAAGAUUGUAGGCGCCGGUAGUUGGGCUUUUGAGAUUUUGUAUCACAAGUAG